AUGGGUUCUGCUGGUGAAGCCAAGUGGAAGCAACUCGAUAUUGGAGUGAUCGGCGGUGGUCUUGGUGGGUUUGCUGCUGCCAUAUCUCUGCGUCGAGCUGGUCACAAAGUUACGGUGUAUGAGCGCGCACAUUUUGCUGGAGAGGUCGGAGCCUCAAUUAGCUGCGCAGCCAAUGGUACGAGAUGGCUGGAAGAUUGGAAUGUUGAUGUUUCAAUUGGCAAACCUGUCAUUCUGCGGAAUUUGAUAUCUCGGGACUGGGACACCGGCAAUGAGCAGAAUGUUUACGACUUGGGAGAUUAUAAGGAACGGUGGGGUUAUGUUUAUUACAUGUUCCACCGACAAGACAUGCAUAAGAUGCUCAUGGAGACUGCUCUGGGCGAGGGCGAGGGCAUCCGUCCAGAGUUGAAACUCGACCACAAGUUGACAGAUAUUGACUUUGAAAACGGUCUUGUCAAGUUUGAGAAUGGCACAGAGGUGCAACAUGAUGCCAUCGUCGCUGCAGACGGGGUCGGGUCUACCGCACGGGCUCGUAUGGGGAUUGUUCCGGACAAAAAGCCUUGCACGUCUACUUGCCUUCACGCAAAUGUGGACAGAAAGCAAGCUCAGGCACUUGGAUUGCCCGACUAUGCCACUAAUGAUGCGAUCGAAUAUUGGGGAGGAUAUGGAGACGACAAAAUUGUAUUUUCGCCAUGUCAUGACAGCCAAAUCCUCUCCUUUUAUUGUUUCUUCCCCCGAGGGAAAGGCAAGAUUGGGGACGAAGGAUGGAACUACGUGGCCUCCUUGAAAGAGCUUCUUGAUCCGUACCCAGAGCUCGAUCCAAAUGUGAUCGAACACCUCAAGAUCUCGACUGACAUUCGACCUUGGAGACUUUGGAUUCAUCAAGAGUAUCCAUUUUGGGCCAAGGGCUUGUGCUCAUUGAUGGGAGAUGCGGCCCACCCCAUGAUGCCCGAUCAAAGCCAGGGUGCAUGCCAGGCCAUCGAGGACGCGGCGGCACUCGGCCUCGUAUUCUCAAAAAGGCACUUCCGUGGGGAUGUGCGUGAAGCCUUCGAGAUCUUUGAAGCAGUUCGAAAGCCUCGUGCUUCUAAGGUGCAGGCCGCGAGUGCAAGAGCACGGCUAAACAUCACCGAACGCAUUGGCUUCUCAAGUAAUACCAACAACCUCAAGUACAGCGUUGCGGAUGAGAAGCAAAAGCUCACAAUCGAUGAGAUGAACCUGUACGACAUGAAGCGUCAUGUAGCUGAAGUGUAUGAGGCAUAUGGACACUGA